UAGUUUGACAUUAUGUAUUCCAGGAAGACAAAGCCAUGUGAUCCUUCACCUGCUUAUGUCUCCACCGAACCUCACUCAAAGGCCUCUUCACCACUCAUUCACAUUUCUUAGAUUUUCCACAUUUCCAUUCUAACUAUAUACAUGAAUCCACAAAGCCACAACCAAAUCAAGUUUUGAAAUCAAAAUCUGCAUUGUCUGAAGAAAUAACUAGGCAAAAACAAGAAAAGAAAAGAUAGCAAUGGCUAUUCUUUCAAAAAGUGUUAAGCAAAUUCUUCGCCGAUCAAGUUUUCUUGCUGAUCACCAAGCUAAUUCAAUUCCAAAAGGCUUUUUUGCAGUCUAUGUUGGAGAGAACCAAAAGAAGCGAUUUAUAGUCCCGAUUUCAGUCUUGAAUCAGCCUUCAUUCCAAGAAUUGCUAAGAGAAGCUGAGGAAGAAUUUGGAUUUAAUCAUCCAAUGGGCGGUCUGACACUUCCUUGCAGAGAAGAUAUCUUCAUUGACAUUAUUUCUGGCUUGAAUCUAUUAUAGAGAACACAAUAAGAACCAUCAAUUUUUGUAAAGUUCUUGUAAAUUGCCUACUUAUUUUUUUAUAGAGUUAGGUGAGAUGUUGAAUGUUUGUUGUCCAUCCACAUGAGAAGUUAGAAAAUAGAAAUUUGAACAAAUUGUUCUUCCAUUAUACUCUCAAUCGAUUUUAAAAUUUAGUCUUCAUAAUUUCA